CUUCUCUCUAACCCUAGACACAACCACCGUCAAUUCGCAACAAUGUCUUCCUUCUUCCUUGCUCCAGAUUUGUGAUCUUCUUCGAAGCUAUCUUAUCCUCCCCCACCUGGUACUACCACACUCGAAAUCGAUGAAACCCUACCGGCCCUUCAUCAUCAACAAUCAACGCCUCCAUCAACCAGCUAUGGCUUUUAUGGGAGACCUCUACAAAAUUAAUCAAGUUUCAUCCUCGCAGUGUCGGCGACUCCUUACGCUCACACACGCCUAUGCCGACGACUGCGACUUCUUACACUCACGAUGUUGGCGAUUGGGGUUCUAAGUCCUGGAUCCACCUCCUGUCAACCCUACUCCAUCUACUAUGACUACCAGGCCCGGCCCAGGGCAUGGGCAGGUUGGGCAAUGGCCGAGGGCAUCAUUCCUGAGGUGGCAUAAUGUAAGUCUGCUCUGGUCGGGUAGCUAUAUGUGAUAUUUUCAGCCCACUGUGCUCAAAGCUCUCAACUUCGUAUCUGAUUGGCUUGGGCAAUGGCCGAGGGCAUCAUUCCUGAGGUUCAUCCGCUCUUGCCUCCGCUCCUAUCUUUGGUGAUGUAAGUAUCUGCACACAUGAUUACAUCUAAUGGCCGGAGUUGGCGAAAUAACGGCGGCAGCUGAAGUGGGUUCUCAUGGCGGAGGUUCAGGAUGUUCAAAGUAUUCGCCUUGGGAAAACCCGUGACAUUCAGUGCCACAUCACUUGCACUAGAGGUUCAGGAUGUUAUCCCUUCCGGACUUGCCAGAGAGACUCCAUAUCUGACUCAUUCGAUUUUCAACACUUAUCAUACGGAGCAUGAGCUACUAAGAUACAUUAGUAAGCUGCAGUUAAAGGAUCUGUCAUUAUGCCACAGUAUGGUUCCUCUGGGAUCUUGCACCAUGAAGCUUAAUGCAACUACAGAGAUGAUGCCUGUGACAUGGCCAGCCUUUGUAGAUAUGCAUCCUUUUGCUCCUACCCAACAGGCACAGGGGUAUCAGAAUUUGGGGGACAUGCUGUGUACCAUAACCGGAUUUGACUCUUUCUCUUUGCAACCAAAUGCUGGAGCUGCUGGAGAGUAUGCUAGGCUGAUGGUUAUCCGAGCUUAUCAUAUGCGAGAGGAGAUCAUCAUCGUAAUGUAUGCAUCAUCCCUGUGUCUGCACAUGGAACAAAUCCUGCAAGUGCUGCUAUGUGUGGAAUGA